GUAACCUUCAAAGCUUUCACUUCUGCUGAGAGCCAAGGAACAUGAAAACAGUCCGCUUCUCCUACACACUGCUGAAUAACUUGCAUGAAGCUAUUUCCAGUGAUGAUUCAGACAAUGAUUCCACGGAGUACACUCAGGAGAGGACCCAGGUUAAAGCUAUUGAAAACGCUAAAGAGGAGCCGUGUGAGCCAGUUUUGGCUGGGGAGAGCCAGAUUUUAAUGUUGGACCAUGUCAAACAGAUUGGGCAGCAGCUGCCGCCGAGACUCCUGCUACAUACGUGGCAGCUUUUGUACAGCACAGAAAAACAUGGCUUCAGUUUGAGAACCAUGUAUCGAACAAUGAACAAAAUCAGCUCCCCAGUGCUACUGGUUGUGAAGGAUAAUGAAGGGAAGGUAUUCGGCGCUUUCUCUUCCACUGAAAUACAGAUAAAUCCUGGUUUCUACGGCACUGGGGAGACCUUCCUUUUUAGUUUUUCACCAGAACUAAAGGUAUUUCGUUGGACAGGUGAGAAUACCUUGUUUGUGAGAGGGGACACGCGUUCACUGACAUUUGGAGGGGGGAAAUGUGGUACUUUUGGAUUGUGGUUGGAUGAAGAUUUGUACCACGGAAGAAGUCAGAGGAGCGAAACUUUUAACAAUGAUAUACUAUCCACCCAGGAACAAUUCUGUAUCCAUAACCUCGAGGUGUGGGCAUUUACGUGAGACUUGCUAACUACAUUUAUAUGUACUGAAUGGACAACUACAGUAUUACUAAAACUCAUGAAGAAAAACACAAUGAUCGCAAACCAGGAAAAGAUCUGCAUUUGUAUUUGAGCAGAAUAUUUAUUAAAAACCUCAGUCUUUAAGUAAGCAAGUUCAGUUUAAACCAUGAUUCAACAUGUCCAAAUGAAAGUUUUCUUAACAUAGUGAAGACUUUGCAAAACAGCUUAGGUCAUUUCUCUCUAUAGAAGAUUGUUGCUCUGUUAAAGAGAUAAAAAUAAAAUGCUAGUAUGGAAUUUCAUGUAUGUUCGGUUAAUAUAA